AUGAGGAUUCAUAGCCUCACCCUGUUCUUCUUCCUUCUUCUGGCUGCUCAGGUGUCACUGGUGAAGAGCAAAAAGGAAGCAAAGAAUAGGCAUGUCAGCAAAGGCACCACAGAGAAAUUGCAUACUCUGGGAGAGCCCCAGAUUGAGCCACCCAAGCGCCUGACCAAAGGCAAAUUUGUCACCCAAGACCAUGCCAAAUGCAGAUGGGAGGUAACUGAGCAAGGAAAGGGCAUAGUGCUGAAGGUCGAGUGCACCCGACAGGACAACAAGUUUUCCUGUGUCUUUACGGGCAAUCCAACUUCCUGCCUAGAGUCAAACAAGAAGAAUGUCUAUUGGAAACAAAUUGGCCGGAACCUGCGCUCUCAGAAGGUCCUCUGUGGGGACGCCAAAACCAUCCUGAAAACCAGGGUGUGCAGAAAGAAGUUUCCAGAAUCCAAUCUCAAGCUAGUGAAUUCCACUCUGAUUUGGAACAAGAAACCCAGCCAGGAGUUAAUGGAACCCUCAUCCAGGGAGCAGAGCAAAGCCAGUGAAGCCUCCCUCAUGGAGCCUAACAAAGCCAAAGGGUUAUCCCUUAAGGAGCAGAUAAAGGUCAAAGAACACAUCCCCUCUGGCCCAGCAGAGAUCCAGACCACAGCCACCAAGGAUCCCAAGUGUGCAGAGGACCCAGACUUGAUAAAGCAGAAGAUGGCCCUGGACUACUGUGGGGAAUCCUGGAGCUCCAUCUGCAAAUUCUUCAUCACCAUGAUCCAGGACAAUACAUGCUAA